CCGAUACAAUACAACAAUACAGACUUAGUGCGUUUGCUAAUUCGAUGUUUUUGAACAGGUUUCCUCUGAAGCACCCAGAGCUGCUAAAGAAAUGGAUUACUUUCGUGAAGCGGAAAGAUUUUAAACCUACGUCUUGCAGUUUUCUUUGCGGAAACCUUUUCCGACAAGAUGAUUACGUAGUGAGCCCUGGAACGUGGAAGAAACGUCUCAGACCCGAAACAGUGCCAUCAGUUUUUGACUUUCCGACACAUUUGAUGCCACCAAAUAAACAGCCACGACGACAUGUUAGGAUUUUGAGUGACAACGAUGCUUCUCCAUUUGAGCGUUCUGUCCUGGAAUCCGUGCUUCAUUUGCCCUCUACAGAAGCUACUGAUUGCGUGGAGAAUGUUGUCAAUGAGAAUUCUUCCGUGGAAAGCAGGUCCCAUUUAUCCAAUGCAGAAGCUGCGAAUUGUGUCGAAAACAGUGCAGUUGGUUCUCAAGUAAUUGAUUGUGGUAUACAGUCGAAAGUAGAAAUGGAAGACAAGGUGUCCGAAACUUGCAAUUUUUCUCAGACAUUGUGCACGAAUUAAAAGGUAAACUGAAGUGUGUCUGUGAAAAACUUCGAAGAAGAGAGAAGAAAGUGUUUUCCAUGGAUGACAUCAUAAGUUCAUCGAAGGAGAAGGGGCAUCUUCCUGAGAAGUUACUUAACUUCCUCAAUCAUCAGAAAGGAACACAAGUGGAAUUAGUGUGCAAUUUAGUGGACAACUCUCUCUUGUCAAAGGGUAAUAGUUACACAACAAAUGUGAAAAUGUUUGCGAUGACUGUGUACUUUUAUUCACCAGCAGCAUAUGAAUA